AUGGAUGCCUUAACCCCAGCUAAUGCCACGGCAUCGUCCCGACAAAACGCGACACCAUCCGUCAAGCCUAUCUAUAAGAUGAAGCGAACCGGCACUGCAAGUUUGCCGGGGAGCCUCCCUUCGUCAUCGGGUACCGGCUCCGCGCGUUUAUCUGCAACAAAUAGGACCAUCGGAACCUCCAUAUCUUCCACGGCCCUCCCUCAGCCUGUUUCCGACGCUAAGCCGGAGCCAGCCAAGAUUGUUAGCGACAUUUUACCAUCUGCUUCAACUCCUGGAGUAACAACAGCAUCCGUCACACCGAAGUCAAUGCCCUCAUCGAGUGGCUAUAAACCAAAAUAUGCCACUGAUGAAGAGCGGAGGAAGGCCAUUAGUCAGGCCUUGAAACAGAGAUGGGCUUCCGGCAGAAUGGAUCAUGUCCACAAAAAGCGGGUAGAGACGUUGAGAAGGAGACGAAAAGAAGCUGCCCUAACCAAGUUCCUUGCUGUUAGCGGCACGAAGCUAAGGAGCUCACCAAGCGACCCCAAACUUUUGCACCGUUCUGCCCCUACCAACAGUUCCCACAAGCAGCAAUUCCUAGCAUCUGAUCCAUUUGACCGCUUUCUUGAUGACCAGUCUUCGGAGCCGGAUUUCUAUCUUGAUGAACCAUCACCGGGCUCGCCUAGUCAAUUCGAUGAUGAUUCCACUACUACGGGCACGGCAUCAGGACGAAACGAUGCUCACUGGAGUUUGGAAUUGUGGAAGUAUCUUCAGCCUCAUCUGAUCAAGCACAAGGGCCCUGUUCCUCCCAAGACAGGAUGGGUUCGGCAGCUCCUACCACUUCCUCGUGUUCGUGAUCUCGACUGGAACGAGGCCUGGCUUGUUGAACACCCCUUUUUGGACUCAAAACCUAGGGAUGUGUCUGCACUUAUCAUCCAAGUUACAGGCGAACUUGCCCCCCAACCAUGCAGACAGAGAGCAGACAACAUCCUGCGCAACAGGAUUCGACCCAUAGGCAGUCAGGAUGAUUCGUUGGGGGGGACGGGUUCAGACGAAGAAUGCAUCGACAAGAUGGAAACAGACAAUGCUCUCGAUGAGGUGCCAUCGAAAGGAGAGGAGUUUCGUGCCGCGCUCACACAGGCCGAGCCUGGUAGGCCAUAUAACAUGUGGCCAGUAGACCGUACUGGGCAGCUUUUCAAGCUUCCUGGAACUACUCUACUUCCAGCUGGCUACAAGCUCGAUUCAACAUUUCCGGGGCGUCCAUGGAUUUGUCCAGUACGCACAUGCCGGAAAGUAUUUCCCAAAACUGCUGAUCUUGCGUACCAUUUUGAGAGGAUUCAUUUCGCGACCUGUUUGAACGACAAUGGCGAUGGGACUUUUACCGUAAAGGGUACUUACCUGUCAAAGCACGAUAGCAUUGGGAAAGGCGGGAAAAUCCUGCAUCCAGCACCGCCCAUUGUGGUUUCCAAGGAGCCGAUCAAAGAUGGCUUACCACUCCCCAAGCCUCAGCUUCCGACCUACCUCGCAAAUAACAGGUCCUUCAACGAGGUAGCCGAAGAGUCUAAUUAUGCAGACAAUGAGCAGGACCAAUCACCGCCGUACAGUCUUCGGCCUCGUGUGCACCAAAAUGCCAGUUUUACUACUCAGCUAUCUCGGUCACAGUCCACUUCGGCAUUGAUCUCCCGAGGGAGUUUCGAAAUGUCGGGGGAUAUCCUUGAGAUGGAGGACUGGGAAAUAGCUCCUGGACGCAUCAAAGAUUCGUCAACGACCAACGGCCAGUCAAUUGCUUACUCCAAGGCAUUUUUGGAAACGAGCAAAGCUGUCCCGGUUUGCGAUGACGUUUUCUUUCGCGUGGAUACUAUUCCUCCAGGCGGCGUACUUCGCCUGGAGCCUGAAGAGGCGCAGAUGCGCCUCUGCUCCAUUGCUGCAGGCAAGGUUCAAGUCAAACUGGGCGACGUGGGUGAGUUCUUGCUUGGCCCUCAUGGCAUGUUCAAGGUCAAGCCUGGUGUCGAAUGCCAUGUUACCAACCGGCUUUACUUGGACGCUGUCUUGCACACGACAUUAUUACAAGGCUUUAUAUAA